AUGAGCGAUAACGAUGACAUCGAGGUGGAGAGCGACGCUGACAAACGGGCUCAUCAUAAUGCACUGGAACGAAAGCGUAGGGACCACAUCAAAGACAGCUUUCACAGUUUGCGGGACUCGGUCCCAUCACUCCAAGGAGAGAAGGCAUCCCGGGCCCAAAUCCUAGACAAAGCCACAGAGUAUAUCCAGUAUAUGCGAAGGAAAAACCACACACACCAGCAAGACAUUGAUGACCUCAAGCGGCAGAAUGCUCUUCUGGAGCAGCAAGUCCGUGCACUGGAGAAAGCGAGGUCGAGUGCCCAACUGCAGACCAACUACCCCUCCUCAGACAACAGCCUCUACACCAACGCCAAGGGCAGCGCCAUCUCUGCCUUCGAUGGGGGCUCGGACUCCAGCUCAGAGUCGGAUACUGAAGAGCCCCAAAGCAGGAAGAAACUCCGGAUGGAGGCCAGCUAA